CGCGCUCGCGGGAGGCUUGCGGCGCCGCCACGUUCCGGGCGCCGAGCGCGGGCGGAUGCUCUGAGCGCCGGGCCGGCCCGCACCCCACCCCGCGGCCGGCCGCACCAUGUGAAGGGCGGCCCGGGCGCCCCGAGCGCGUGGAAGAUGGGGGAUGCUGCAGACCCCAGGGACGCGAGGAGGACGUUCAUUGUGCCGGCCAUCAAGCCCUUCGACCACUACGACUUCUCCAGGGCCAAGGUCGCCUGCAACCUGGCCUGGCUGGUGGCCAAGGCCUUCGGGACAGAAAAUGUGCCAGAGGAGCUCCGAGAGCCGUUUUACACGGACCAGUAUGAGCAGGAGCACGUCAAGCCCCCCGUGGUGCGCCUGCUGCUGUCGGCCGAGCUGUACUGCCGCGCGGGGAGCCUCAUCCUCAAGAGCGACGCGGCGAAGCCGCUCCUGGGCCACGACGCCGUGAUCCAGGCCUUGGCGCAGAAGGGGCUGUAUGUCACCGACCGAGAAAAGCUGGUGACAGAACGAGAUCUCCACAAGAAGCCCAUCCAGAUGAGCGCUCACUUGGCCAUGAUAGACACCCUCAUGAUGGCCUACACCGUAGAGAUGAUCAGUGUGGAGAAGGUGGUGGCGUGUGCUCAGCAGUACUCUGCCUUUUUCCAAGCCACGGAUCUGCCCUACGACAUCGAGGACGCGGUCAUGUACUGGGUGAACAAGGUAAAUGAACAUUUGAAAGACAUCAUGGAACAAGAACAGAAAUUGAAGGAACACCACACAAUUGAAGCUCCAGGAGGUCAAAAGUCUCCUUCCAAGUGGUUUUGGAAACUGGUUCCAGCUCGUUACAGGAGAGAGCAAACAUUGCUGAAGCAGCUGCCUUGCAUUCCACUGGUAGAAAAUUUGUUGAAAGAUGGUACCGACGGCUGUGCGUUAGCGGCCCUGAUCCAUUUUUACUGUCCUGGUGUUGUCAGAUUGGAAGACAUUUGUCUAAAAGAAACCAUGUCUUUGGCUGAUAGCCUGUACAACCUGCAGCUGAUUCAAGAGUUUUGCCAAGAAUACCUGAACCAGUGUUGCCAUUUCACCCUGGAAGAUAUGCUGUACGCGGCUUCCUCCAUAAAGAGCAAUUACUUGGUGUUCAUGGCGGAGCUCUUCUGGUGGUUCGAGGUUGUGAAGCCCUCGUUCGUUCAGCCCCGCGAUGCUCGUGCACAAGGAGCUGAGCCUGUGGACGAUCCGCCUUCAGUUCCCAUCUUUAAUGCUGCCCAGAGACACGCCCUGGACAGCCCUGAUCUCAGUCCAGGGGGGGAGGGCGCGGCCUUCACACACGCGCCUCACCACUUGCCCACCAGACACGCACGUGCCCAGGCUCCUGCUUCUGCCCCAGGAGGAAUAAGAAGGUCUUCAUCCAUGUCUUACGUUGAUGGCUCCAUCGGGACCUGGCCCAAGGAGAAGAGAUCAUCAGUGCAUGGAGUUUCAUUUGACAUUUCUUUUGAUAAAGAAAAUACUGUACAGAGAUCCACUCUAAACCGAGGAAUCACCCGUUCUAUCAGUAACGAGGGACUUACCCUGAACAACAACCGUGUGUCCAGGAACGUUAGGAAAAACUUGUCCUUCAAGCCCGUCAACGGGGAGGAGGAAGCAGAAGGCCUUGAGGAGGAGCUGAACGCGGGCUCUCACGGCGACCUGACGGCCUGCCUGCCCCUGAGCACAGACGAACUGAAUUCUGACGAGAACCUGCAUUAUAAGCUUCCAAAUGGAGCUUUACAGAACCGAGUGCUUCUGGAUGAGUUUGGCAAUCAGAUCGGGACACCGAGCAUUGAGGAGGCUCUGCAGAUAAUCCAUGACACCGAGAAGACGCCCCGCCCACCCCAGACGGACCACAUCGCCAAUGGCUUCUUCCUUCACAGCCAGGAUACCAGCAUCCUGCGCUCCGGCAGCCCUCUGGGCCGGCCCAGCCCCGAGAGCACGACCGAUGGGAAAGGCGCCUUGAGCCCUGUUACUGACAACACCGAGGUGGACACUGGGAUCCACGUCCCUUCCGAAGACAUCCCCGAGACGAUGGAUGAGGACUCCUCCCUGAGAGACUACACCGUCAGUCUGGACUCCGACAUGGACGACGCUUCUAAAUUCCCUCCGGAUUAUGACGUGCGAGGCGGCCAGCCCAGAGACGUGCCGAGCCCCUGCCCCAGCACCGUGAGCACCAGGUCGCAGCCCGGCAGCAGCGCUUCUUCCAGCUCCGGCGUGAAGAUGACCAGCUUUGCCGAGCAGAAGUUCCGGAAGCUGCACCACGCCGACGGGAAGAGCAGUGGCGGCAGCUCCCAGAAGACAACGCCCGAGGGCUCGGAGCUCAACAUCCCUCACGUGGUGGCCUGGGCUCAGAUCCCGGAGGAAGCGGGCCUGGCGCAGGGGCGGGACACCACGCAGCUGCUGGCCUCCGAGAUGCUGCAUCUCAGGAUGAAACUGGAAGAAAAGAGGCGAGCUAUCGAGGCCCAGAAGAAGAAGAUGGAGGCCGCUUUCACGAAACAAAGGCAGAAGAUGGGGCGGACGGCGUUCCUCACGGUAGUGAAGAAGAAAGGGGACGGGGCCUCCCCUCUUCGCGAGGAGGCGGCCGGUGCUGAGGACGAGAAGGUGUUCACUGACCGGGCCAAGGAGAAGGGGCCGCCACGAGCCCACGGGCAGAGGAGCAAGUCUCUGGCGGACAUAAAGGAGGGAGCGGAGAACCCUCAGGGCGGGUGGCUGAAGUCACCUGCCGCCCCCGUGGACCCUGAGAAGCAGUGGGGCCUGGCCAGCCCCUCGGAAGACACUCUGAACGAAGGGGAGCUCCUGGAGUACACCAGGUCCAUCGAGAGGCUGAACUCCUCCCUGCACUUCCUGCAGCAGGAGAUGCAGCGCCUGUCCCUGCAGCAGGAGCUGCUGAUGCAGAUGCGGGAGCAGCAGGCCUGGGUGAUCUCGCCGCCCCAGCCCUCCCCGCAGAAGCAGCCGCGGGACUGCAGACCCCCCCGGCAGGCUGGCACCCCGUUCUCCGCGGACGCCCCGCGUCCCGGCCACCCGUCUCCCCAGUCUAAUACCAGGAAGACUGCAUCUUUCUCUGCUAAGAAUCAGAGGACUCCCAGGCCAAAUGAGUUAAAAAUCACCCCGUUGAACCGGACGCUGACGGCCCCACGCUCCGUGGACAGUCUUCCCCGCUUGAGGAGGUUCUCGCCCAGUCAGGUCCCCAUUCAGACCAGGUCAUUUGUGUGUCUGGGGGACGACGGAGAGCCUCAGGCGCAGGAGCCCAGGCAGAAGGAGGAGGGUAGAAAGGAGGAGCCAGGGUCCGCAGGGUGUGGACAUGGCGCGGAGGGUGGGGAGAGCCAGCCUCUGCCCUUGGCCGCCCCUGAGGGCCCGAUGCAGCCUGUCCCAGAGCCCGCGGGCCCCUCCCCUGAUGGGGACCCGCCAACCCAACCUGCAGAGCCGCCUUCGAAGCCAGUGUUCCCACCUGCUGCUCCCAAAAAUGUCAGUCUGAUUGAAGUCUCCCUCUCAGAUCUGAAACCCCCUGAAAAGGCUGAUGUGUCUGUUGAAAAGUACGAUGGAGAAAGUGAUAAAGAACAAUUUGAUGAUGACCAGAAAGUGUGCUGCGGAUUCUUCUUUAAGGAUGAUCAAAAAGCAGAAAAUGAUAUGGCGAUGAAGCGGGCAGCUUUGCUGGAGAAACGGUUGAGGAGGGAAAAGGAGACGCAGCUGCGGAAGCAGCAGCUGGAAGCGGAGCUGGAGCACAAGAAGGAGGAGACCCGGCGGAGGACGGAGGAGGAGCGGCAGAGAAAGGAGGACGAGCGGGCGCGCAGGGAGUUCAUCCGGCAGGAGCACCUGCGGCGCAAGCAGCUGAAGCUGAUGGAGGACAUGGACACGGUCCUCAAAGCCCGCCCGCAGCCAGCCCGGCCCAAGAAGCAGCGGCCAAAGUCCAUUCACAGGGACCACGUCGAGUCCCCCAGGACACCCGUGAAGGGUCCCCCAGUCUCUAGCCUUUCUUUGGCGUCACUGACCACGGCGGAUAACGAGAGCGUGCACUCAGGCAAGAGGACCCCGAGAUCGGAGUCUGUGGAAGGCUUCCUGUCCCCCGGCCGCUGCGGCAGUCGGAAUGGGGAGAAGGACUGGGAGAACGCGUCCACCACGUCGUCCGUGGCUUCUGGGGCGGAGUACACAGGACCAAAGCUCUACAAAGAACCCAGUGCAAAAUCCAAUAAGCACAUAAUACAGAACGCGUUAGCUCAUUGCUGUUUGGCUGGAAAAGUAAAUGAAGGUCAGAAGAAAAAAAUACUGGAGGAGAUGGAGAAGUCGGACGCCAACAACUUCCUGAUCUUGUUCCGGGACUCGGGCUGCCAGUUCAGGUCUCUGUACACGUACUGCCCGGAGACUGAGGACAUUAGCAAGCUGACUGGGAUAGGCCCCAGGGCGAUCACUAAGAAGAUGAUCGAGGGACUUUACAAAUACAACUCCGACAGGAAACAGUUUAGCCACAUACCUGCUAAAACCUUAUCCGCCAGUGUCGACGCGAUCACCAUCCACAGCCACUUAUGGCAGACCAGGAGGCCUGUGACCCCCAAAAAACUCUUACCCACAAAAGCGUAGGAGCUGGGGGUGCUCGCUUCAGACACUUGUGGUAAAUUUGCACUUCAUCUUUCCUGCCUGUAGAAACCUUUCUAAUUGCCAACAGACUUUCAGUAAUUGGAACUGGACAUUCAGCUCUGUGGUCAUGACAACUGGAAUGUAGCCCGAUGUUUGGAGUGGGAGCGGGUGACGGAGAGGCGUUUGGACUCGCGGUGGAGGCUGUGUCGCCGGGUCCUCCUGGUGGCGUGCCCGGCGCUGAAGCGCUGAGUUCUCACGGACACGAGUUGGACCUAGGAUUGAAAUACGGCUGAGGUUAUGAAUUACGUGUUUUAGUUGUUGCUUCUGUUUUUACCUUUCUGGUGUGCGUGCUUGUCUGCAGGCACUUUGUUUCACUGUUUCCUCCCCUGGGGGUUUGCUCUGGGUCCUUGGUGUCUGGUUUCGCUAUCAGGAGAGUAGGAAGCAGGCCCUUGGAGUCGCACGCACCUUUCCUGCGAGACUGCGAGGAACACGAGUGUUGAGUUUUACAGUGCCCCUCAUGUUUUGAUGGUGUUAGAGUGUUUGCAAGAAUUACUCUGCUCAGUAUUUACAAUCCUGUAUUUAUUAUUCACUCAAGUAUUAAGGUUUCUCCACUAGGUAAGAGGAGGACUUGUGAGGAGAGAGCUGCUAUAGGGUCGCUGAAGCCACGUGAGCUUAACGCAGGACAUGCUGACCGACGUUGCUGAUUAAAUCAGUGCUGGUCUCACACCACUUCUGGCCAACUCAGAAUAGGUUAGAUUGUUCUUUUAACAAAAAGGCUUUCUAUCUCUUUUAAAGUCUGUCACUUUAUAAGCUGGCAGAAGUGGAUGGCACUUUGAGAGAAGUCUCUGAGUCUGAGGAUGGGAGACUUCCUGCCACAAGUUCUCAAGAGGUCUUUACAUUAUAUUUAUAACUGAUAUAAAAAUUAUAUUUAGAAUUUUUAAACAUGUACAAAGGGCUACAUUUUAAUUUUAAAAUAGCUUCACCUUAUUUUACUUAUAUUGAGUUUUUCUUCCUUUUUAUUCUUCUCAAGUGGGACGGCUUGAAUUUACAUCCACGCUUGAACCCUUCUCUACGUGAUCUUUAACCGUGUGUACCAGAGGGCUAGUGGGGGACCUUCAUUCUCAGGAAAAGACUUGAACGAUGCUUGGCCCUGUCCUGUUUCAGUGUUGUGGCGGCUGUGUAGCUAGAGGGGAGGACAGCGUUGUACCUGUACGAGGUGCGUGGUUGGUUUUCUUUCACGGGAAGUAGAGACUGAAAUAGACCCAUUUCUCUAAUGAGUUGUCUGGAGAAAUGACUAGUAUCUCGUAUGAUGUAUUUACUUAUUUUUAAAGAAGUAGGAGUGAGAUGUCGCUGAGCUGCACUUUCCUGUUCCUAUGAGGCCAUGAGGCAUCAGUGCAUCUGGGUUAUUGACAUUUUCUCAAAUGUUGUCAAUAUUUUACUGUAAUUUAUGUUCUUAUAUUUAUGUAUAUUUGUUUAAACUGUAAAAAAAUUUUCACAGAUUUUUUUCCAAUUCCUGUGCAAGAUACGUGUGUAGCUCAAAACUAUUUGUGAUCUACUGUUUGCAUGUAGGAGACCAGGAUAUGUAACUCAUAUUUUAAGUGUAUACAUACUGUGUAUAUAAUAUAUGAAGAUUAAAAAUGGGGAAUUGCACAUUUUACCUUUCAGACAACAGUUUCUAUCACAGGAAACGAUUUUCAAAAACAUGUUUAGAUUGACUAGUUUAAAAAAAAGUAAGUGAAUCUAAACAAAAUGUGGUGAAAGUCAAAAGGAGAAUUAAGAAGCGUUUUACGUUACUAAAUUUGUUCUUUUCAAUCACUUAAAUUUCCCUUAGCAAAAGCAAUCAUUAUGAUAUUACUUGGCCGUUAAAUUUUUAAAAAUUGGAUGCAAGACAAUGGAGGAAGUAAUUAAAACCAGUCAGGACCACCCUUUAUCCUUAAACAUGUGUGUGUCCCAACAGGUAGGACGUGAACAUCGCACGGAAGUCCCUGCUCUCAGUGUAAUAUUUUCACUCUAUUAAUGCAGGAAGAACACGGACACAGUUAUUUAAGUCUGCAGAUUUUUUUUUUAUUAUGGUGCAGCUUUUUAAAAUUAUGUUUUAAAAAUUAUACAGAUGAAAACUAUGCUAUUUCGUAAAGUCUGGAGAGUUUCAUUGAAACCCACUGGUGCUUCUCAUCAUUGGAGGUCAAAUUCUUAGGAUAGUUAUUCAGUUCAGUUUGCCAAACGCUUGUCAUGGUUACCGGUGCGGCCUGUCGAAGUCUGCUACUUGACACAGCUUGGGAAAGCUUUUAAUUCCUCUCAGCUUUUCGGUUUUGUUUUAGAAAGACUGUUACAGUUUUUAUUUGGCUGUUGAAAGCCGAAUUCAGCUUCCGAAUUGUGGUUUCAUGGACGCUUCGGGCAGCGUGCGGCCUGUGGAGUGUUCACCUGUCCGCUCGAGAGCGCUGCUGACAGGUUUGGUUGAGAUGCUGUAAAUUAGGUCAUGUCUGCUGCUUCCUGGUACCGUGUAGCUUUCCCCCUUCAUUUGAAUAAAAGCAUGGCAGCCAGUGA